AGCUCGGCCCAAGUAUUGGCCCAAACAUGGCAGGCCUAGACUAUGAUCAUCUCUUCUACGAAGUAUUACCUCUUCUUCGCCUUCUUCCCCAAACCCCAAUGCAAGCUAAUUCUAAUUAUCAGAAAAACAGACACAGAGAGAGAGCGACGGAAAACUUGAAAAUGGCUGAUUGCAAAGUCUAUGUCAGACAACAACGGAGGAGGUUGAGCAAGGUGAAAGAAGAAGAUGAUAGGUUGAGUUCACUUCCAGACGCCAUUAUCACCGACAUUCUCUCUCGCCUUCCAAUCGAUUCUGCAGCUGCUACCUCCGUAUUAUCCCACCGGUGGCGCCGCCUCUGGACCGGAAGAUCAGAAUCCAUCACCAUAAUCGACCACAUCCUACGGCAGCUUAAAUCUCGGAAACUCCGCGACUUCGAUGUUGAUUUGUCAGGGCUGUCCGAUUUUCCGAAUAAAGGUAAAUUUGAAGUAUGGUUUCGUGAAGUUUGCAGCCGAAAUGUGGAGAACAUCACUAUCAACAAUAACGUGUUUGAUUUUAAUUUUCGUGUACCCGCUUUUGUGUUCAAUUCCCAAUCUCUGGUAACUUUGAAAUUAUUGGGUUUGCUUAAGUUUAAGUGGCCUCAAAUUGGGGAUUUGUCUUUUGAACUCCCUAAUUUGAAGAUACUUCACCUAAGAGAGCUUGGUGUUGUCCCUCUUUGGUUGGGGACUCUAAUUAGGUCUUGCCCACUUUUGGAAGAUUUAUUUUUGGUGUUCGGCUUGUACCAUUUACCCUCGCCCCAUUCCGUUCUGAAUAUAAUUGCUGCCAAUUUGAAGUCAUUGUCCAUAAGAAUGGAAUCGGUGGCGAAUAAGACGAAGACACGAUAUACCACUAUAUCUAUUGAUGCACCCAAAUUGGCAAACCUUGACAUUCGUGAUUGCAAUUCAUUUUAUUGCUUCCUCCAGAAUCCAACUAAAUUAGGAAAAGCACGUGUUGACUUAAAGAGUUGGAUAAUACCUCAUCUAGAAUGUGAUAAUCGAGAGUCAGAGGGAGAAGAUGAAGAUUCAGAGGAAGAAGAUGAAGAUUCAGAGGAAGAAGAUGAAGAGUCAGAGGUGGAUGAGCAGGACGGCUCGUUACGUGGACGAAAAAAAUAUCUUCGCCAGAUGACCAAGUUUGUUGGAGGUAUGUCUAAUGUUAGCAACCUUGAGCUGAUGAUAAGAAGCCGUACCAAUAUAUUGGCACACCUUAAUUCCGAGAUUCUGCCAAUCUUUUCUAAUUUAGUCUGUCUUAAACUAAACUGCUUGAAGAAUUUGCUGCACUUUUUACAUUUUUUUCCCAACUUAGAGCAUCUUGAGGUGUACCUAUGGCAUAAUGAUCUCCAAAUGGAGCAAAGGAAUUGGUGUACACCAGAUUCCGUUCCAGAUUGUUUAGUAAACAAGCUCAAGACUAUACAAAUAAGCGGAAUACAUGGGAUCGGUAAUGACCUGAAGCUGCUAGCAUACAUUAUGCGUAAUGCAAUAGUUUUGGAAAAGCUUUUCUUACAUGUUUGUAGGAAGGAUAGUUUUUCUGUGAGUGAUGAACGUGAAGAAGCAUAUGCAGUGUGGAAGGAAGGUCAGUUCUGUAGGUCAUUGUUUAGGCUUCCAAGGAGGUCCUCAACUUGUGAGGUUGAGGUUAGAUGUAAGUCUGUCACAGCAUUUGGUAAUGCCUUACAAGACGGAUACCUUACAUGUCGAAUGUAUGUGGGGAAAUAGACCUAGUAUAUGGAACCGGUUUUCCAAAUGGCAGCAUUCAAGCUUCUCGGUUUCAGUCCAGGGAUCUUUAAAAAAGCGAGGAAAGAAAAAGGAGAAAGUCAAUUGCAAAACAUUCUCUAUCUGUGUAUCUUCUACUUUGGGUUAUUUGAUGAAAUUACAGACUUGCUAUGAAAGACUAGGAAAAAGGAUAUCAGGGUAGGAGUUAGUUCACCGAGGAUAAAUGAUGGAACAAGGUGUAAGCACAGGCAAAGGGGGAUAGUCUAGCAGCGAGCGAGGAUUUAACAGCGUUGGAAACAGAGGUGGUAGGGUAAAACAAAGAAUGCUGUGAGAAAAAGAGAGAAGGGAGGGUAGAGAAUAUCUUCAGGUUUUAAAUCUUUCAAUAUUUUAUGGCAUAAUGCUAGUAGCUCAAGCAUUUCUAAGCUCAUAUGUAAUUUCCCUUGACAUCUGCAGCUGAGUGCUGAGUAGCUGACUAAUGAGCCUGAUAACUAUAAAAAAAACCAUUGAGAAAAAUAAAAGUGAGAAGCUGCCUGCAGCCUGAUACUCUUUACUCUUUACUUGCAUGUUUUUGAUUUUUUAUGUUUAUGUAAAGGUAACCACCACCACCCCCCCCCACCCCCCCUCCCAUGGGAGGGAAGCCUGUGCAUUCUAUUCUGUUUCUUAUUGCUAUAACUGCUUUUUAUCCUAAACCUGCUUCAAAUUUAGCAGUUACCUGACCGUUGGCAAGUAAAAGUUGCCUCUGUUUGUAUCAAUGCUUUCAAGCACAGGAAUGAGGAAUACUGCUGUUAGUGGGAAGUUCGAAGAGUUCAAGCGUAUAGAAUUAUAAUAGCGUCAUUCAGUACAACUAAAAUGAAUAUUAAUGCUUAGGAUGUAUAGCUUAGACUCAAGGAAGGUUUAUUGAAAUUUGGUGGAGUUGAUCUGUCAUAUAAAGGGUGGUUGUAGUAGAUCCAUCACCUCUGUUCUUGUAUGCUUAUUACCUUGAAUAAUGUUGACUUGUUCUAUUAUUUAUCUAUUUCAAUUUUAGUGAUCUGAAUUAUAGUUCGGAUAUUUUGUCUUUUAACACCUUACAAAAAACCCGCUUUUGUUUUUAACAUCUUAGUUAAUUUUUAUCUUAUUUUAACACCUUAAAAACUAAAUAAGUUCUGUUAAAAAAUCUGUUAAGUGGCCCACCAUUCACUUCUAUUCCAUUUUUACGUUUCUUUUACAUGAUUUUCCAUGAAAAUCACUUAUCUCAAACCUUUAACCCAUUCGAUUCCUUGAACUUUCAAAAAGUAAAUCUCCAUUUCUUUUGCUUUCAACCUUUUUAAGAAUUGAGUUUUUUUUUUUUAUUAUUGUUAUGAAUUUUGAAAAUAAAUUACGUUACUUGAAUUUCGGGUUUGAAGGCUCAUUGGAAAUUGCUUCUAUUGUUGUUGAUGAUGAUGAUUUACCCAUCUUGAGAAAGUACCUGCCAGAGGUACCUCUCGUACGGCUCACACCCUUUAAAAUAUCAAAUCUACCCUCCAAAAACAACUUGCUCCAAAUUAAGCAAACUGCUGACCAGAGGCAGUGCCUUGCCCAAUUGCAGAAAAAUCUUCUGGGUUUCUAGAAGCAAAACCCAAAUUUCCAAGGAAGUUGUUUAUGAGUUUUUGAAGAAAUUGAGGAGAGAGAAAGUGAGAGGUGUUGGUGGGUUUGUGCAAUAGCUUGAAUGUUUGAGCUACUGAUGUGCACCAAAAAUGGUGUAAUCAGAGUAUUCUGAAGAGACAGCAAAGAGAAGAAGGAAAGAAAUAGAGGAAGAGAGAAGAGGGGGAUCACUUUAUUGUUAAUCCAAAAACCAGUUUACAAAUGAUGGCAUAAUGAGCUAUUUAUAAAUCAAGCUCACAACUCUAAACAGAAAAAGGCAGGAAGUAUUUAUUUAACUAACUCUCCUUAUUUUUAGGAACAGAUUGUUCUAAUCUGUUACAUUCCUUCCCUCUUAAAAACACAAUGUUUAAGUAAACUCAACUGCAAAGUCGGGGUAUUUAGACUCAAAUUCUUCAGCAAACUCCCAAGUAGCAUCAGAAGCAUUAAAUCCCUCCCAUUGCACUAAGUAUUGAAUUUGAGCUUGGUUAUGAUGUCUGACUGUUCUUCUAUCUAUGAUAGCUCUUGGAAUUAGCUCAAGAUCAUGACGUUUACCCUGCAACCAAUCUGGAAUGUGAGCUAAAGCUGGAAGUUCACCCCUAAAAGCCUUAAGCUGAGAGACAUGAAAAACUGGAUGAACUUUAGCUGAAUCAGGUAAGCUAAGCUUAUAUGCAGCUUCUCCAAUCACCUCAACAAUCUGAAAGGGGCCUGCAUAUUUAGGAGAGAGUUUCUCAUUCACCAUACUCCUCAAAGAUCUCUGUUUGUAUGGUUGAAACUUUAACCAAACCCAAGUACCGAUUACAAACUUCCAAUCACUUCUUCUCUUGUCAGCUUGUUUCUUCAUUCUUUCGUGAGACCUCCUGAGGUGAUAUUUCAAAGUUUGAAUCAUUCCUUCCCUCCUUUGCAAGGAUCUAUCCACUGCAUGAACUCUCGAUUCACCAGCUAAAUAAGGUAAAUGCAAUGGUGGAGGUUGAUUGUACACCACUUCAUAAGGUGUUAUUUGAGCAGAGGUAUGGAAAUUGAUGGUGGAGGUUGAUUGUACACCACUUCAUAAGGUGUUAUUUGAGCAGAGGUAUGGAAAUUGGUGUUGUACCACCAUUCUGCUAAAGGAAGCCACAAAAUCCAAUCUUUUGGUGUCUCACAACACAUACACCUCAAAAAUGUUUCAACACAUUUAUUAACCACCUCAGUUUGACCAUCGGUUUGAGGGUGAUAAGCCGAGGACAUUAGCAGAUUUGAGCCUUGAAUAGAGAAAAGAGCCUGCCAAAAAGUGCUCAAAAAUAUUGCAUCUCUGUCACAAUUGACCUAGGCCAACCAUGAAGUUUAAAAACAUUAUCUAAGUAAACUUGAGCAACAUCAACUGCAGUGUAAGGGUGCUUUAGUGCCAUAAAGUCACCAUACUUACUCAAUCUGUCUACCACCACAAAAAUCACUUCUUUUCCAUGGGAGUUGGGCAAACCCGAAACAAAAUCCAUGGAUAUAUCAACCCAAACCUCUUGAGGAAUUGGUAACGGCUGUAAUAACCCAGGAUAAGCCACCACUUCAUUUUUGUUGGCCUGACAAACAGCACAUGCCUCACAAAGUUACUGAUAUAUGCAUUCAUCCCCCGCCAAUAAAACAAGCUCCUUACUUUCUUGGUUGUUGCAUCUCUUCCCGAGUGCCCUCCUUGAGGAGAAGAAUGAAGCCAUUGCAUAAUAGCUGUCUUGAGUUCAUAAUCAGGACCCACAACUAUCUUCCCUUUCCUCCUUAAUAAGCCAUUGACCAAAGUAAACUGAUCAACAGCCUGACCUUGUUGUAAUUUGUCUCUUAACUGAGCAAAAUUAAGAUCCAAGUUGUAGCUAGCCUGUAGCAAAUCAUUCAAAUUAGAAUCGAUAACUGAAAUUGCCAUUAACAAGAUCUCAGCCCCUGAAACUCUGGAUAAAGCAUCUCCAACAUUGUUUUCGGCUCCACUUUUGUAAUGUAUUUCAUAAUCAAACCCCAUAAGUUUUGACAACCAAAACUGUUGAAAUGGAGUGGAUAUUUUCUGCUGUAAAAGCCAUUUUAAACUCUUUUGGUCAGUUCUUACUACAAACUUCUGACCAAUUAAGUAUUGCUCCUACUUUUGAACUGCAGUGACCAAAGCCAACAACUCCUUUUCAUAUACAGAGAGCUUCUGCCACUUCGUUCCCAAAGCCCUGCUUAAAAAAGCCAACGGAUGUCCAUCUUGCAUCAACACUGCACCAAUUCCACAAUUAGAUGCAUCUGUUUCUAUCUCAAAAGUUUUUGAGAAAUCUGGGACAGUCAAUACAGGAGCUGAACUAAGGGCUCCUUUCAGUUCAUUAACUGCAUCAGUGGCUGCUUCAGUCCACACAAAUUCUCCUUUCUUCAACAGUUGAGUCAAAGGCUUGCUUAUACAAGCAUAAUCUUUGACAAAUUUUCUGUAAUACCCUGCCAACCCCAAAAAACUCCUUAGCUCCUUAAUAUUUUUAGGGAUAGGCCAAUUCACAAUCGCCUCAAUCUUCUUUGGAUCAGUAUGAACUCCAUUUCCAGAAAUAAAGUGUCCCAAAUAUUCUACUUUCUCCAUUGCAAAACAACAUUUACUUUGUUUUGCAAAUAAAGAAUGUUGCACCAUAAGCUCAAAGACUUUCUCUAAAUGCAAAGCAUGAUCCUCCAGAGACUGACUAUAAUCCAAAAUAUCAUCAAAAAAUACAAGCACACACUUCCUAAGUAGUGGCUUAAACACAUGGUACAUCCAUCCUUGAAAUGAUGCGGGGGCAUUUGUCAACCCAAAAGGCAUGACUAAAAACUCAUAAUGUCCACUGUGAGUUUUAAAGGCAGUCUUAUACACAUAAUCUUCAAAGACCCUUAACUGAUGAUAUCCGGCUUUUAGAUCUAGCUUACUGAAAAUGACAGAACCAGCCAGCUCAUCUAUCAAUUCAUCCACAACAGGAAUAGGAAAUUUAUCCUUAACAGUCUUCUUAUUCAAUGCUCUAUAGUCAACACACAAUCUCCAUGAUCCAUCUUUCUUCCCAACUAACACCACGGGAGAGGCAAAGGGACUACAACUGUCUUGUAUAAUGCCUUGUUCAAGCAUUUCUUGCACCAAUUUUUCAAUGAUGUCUCUUUGCUUAAUGGGGUACCUGUAUGGCCUUAUAUUAACUGGAUUUGUACCAAAUUCUAAAGGAAUUCUGUGAUCAUAAAUUCCCCUAGAAGGUGGCAAUUCCUUAGGCUCAUUGAAAACUGCAUCAUACUUGUUGAGAAUUAACUCAAUACAAUCAGGAACAACACUGGUUUCAGCUUCAAUAUUGAUAACCUCCACACUUUCAUUUUGAACUCUAGGCAUCAUUUGCAACAAAUAAAGUUGUACAGAAUGUAAUGGCAAUUUCCGGCUCUUGGAAUCAGAAAUUGUUCUAACGGCUUUAGGUAAAAUGCCUUUAAGGACAAGCUUUGUAUUAUUGAAAUUGAACUCCAUAAGCAACUUCUUAAAAUCCUACUUGACUGUACCCAGAGCACUUAACCACUGCACUUCUAACACCAUAUCACAGCUUCCUAAUGGUAUAACCAUCAUGUCAGAAAUGAACAUUUUAACUCCCACGAAAAUUGUUUGCAAACUGCCUGACAAGCUAAAUGAUUUCCAUCGGCCACUGUCACUGCUUGUGUGGCAAUAUUCUCCAUUUCUAGCCCCAUCCUCUUAACAAACUCCAUAUCUAGGAAGUUAUGAGUACUUCCCGAGUCAAUCAAUAUGUGUAUAGGCUUACCCUUGCAAUAACCAGCCACCCUCAUUGUCUGGAAAGCAUGAUUACCACACAAUGCAUAUAUUGAGAUACAAGGUUCCAUGUUUGCAAUUGCAAGGUAUGACUCAUCUUCUAUACUGUCAAUAUGAUCUUCAUCCUCCUCACAAUCAUCUUCAGCGGGGAUUUCUAUGGCAAAUAAUUGUGACUGCUUCAACUUGCACCUGUGAUUCCUGUCAUAUGGCUGAUCACAAAAAUAACACAACCCCUUAGCUUGUUUUUCUCUUCUUUCAGCUGCUGUUAGGGCGGUGUAUGGUCUUUGAAAUGGUUUAGCAGAAGUUGAUGUAGAUUGGAUAGUGUUUAAUUUCGUGGAUGGGGUAGGCAACAAGGCAGGUAAAGGUUUAGAACUGGGUUUAUAUGUGUUUGAAACAAAUCUGGGAGAAACAGUUUGUUUAUAGGCUUCAAGAAUUUCUUCCUUUAAUCUUGCAUACUCAAUUGCAGCAGAUAGUGUUUCGGGUUUAAAAGCUCUUACAAAGGGUUUAACAGUAGGUUUAAGUCCCCCUACAAAGCUGUCAAGGAAAUAUGAAUCAGGUAACAUAUUGUUUUGCUGGAUCAUUAAAGACCUCAGAUUCUCAAACUCAUCCACAUACGACUCCAAAUCACCCAUUUGACACAACUUGUUAAACUUCUCUACUACAUGGGUACUGCUAUCAUCUCUAAAUCUUGCAGUAAUAUCCACACAAAAUUCCCCCCAGUCUACAUUCUUCUUAACAGUCACAUAGCUACUCAUCCAACACUCAGCCUUGUCAAUCAUGUUUAAACAAGCCAUGUCUACUCUUUGAUCUUCAGGAAUAUUGCACAAAGUAAGGUACUUACUACACUUCUUUAACCACAUUCUUGGAUUGCUACCAUCAAACUUAGGAAAUUCAAGUUUAGGGACAUACCCUUGAAUCCUAGUAAAUGAAGAAUCUCUGAAAUUGUUGUCAUUCCUGAAAUUGUUGUGUCUGUUGUCUAAAUCAUCUCUUCUGGGUUCUAAUUGCUCCUGAAUUUUGCUAACAGAAUUUACCAGCUGUUGCAACAAUUCCUUCAUUGAUCUUUGAUCCUCUCCUUGAGCAUUGACCCUAUCGUUCAAAGCUUGGAAUUGAUUUUCCAGAUUAGACAUCCUCUUAUUUGAGACUGGCGCCAGGUUUAGCUUCUUCAAUCUGGGUUUUUCCACGCAAGUUGCAAUUCAAGUCAAGAAAUUCGAGUUUCUUGAAAAUAUAGGUAACAGGAAUGAUGUGAUAGGAACAAACGUCUCUGAUACCAAUGCAAUAGCUUGAAUGUUUGAGCUACUGAUGUGCACCAAAAAUGGUGUAAUCAGAGUAUUCUGAAGAGACAGCAAAGAGAAGAAGGAAAGAAAUAGAGGAAGAGAGAAGAGGGGGAUCACUUUAUUAUUAAUCCAAAAACCAGUUUACAAAUGAUGGCAUAAUGAGCUAUUUAUAAAUCAAGCUCACAACUCUAAACAGAAAAAGGCAGGAAGUAUUUAUUUAACUAACUCUCCUUAUUUUUAGGAACAGAUUGUUCUAAUCUGUUACAGUUUGAGGGUUUUGAGUAAGGGAAAGAGAGACAACGAGAUAAGGAUGAAGAAGAUCUAGAUUUGUGGAAUUUGAAGAGAAGUGGGAGUGAUGGAGAUGAUAAUGUUAUGGUUCCAACAUUGUUUUUUUUGGAUAUUUCUUGUAAGGUAAUUUUUAAGGGGAGGUUAAAAGAACUGAAUUGUUCUUGAAGAAAUUGAAUGUGAGAAAUGGCCUAAAAAUAUAUCCAGGAGUGCAAAUUGUAAACGGGGAAAGAUUAAUCUAGAUAUACGGGUUGUGUAGAAUUAUUUAUUUUGGAGCAUGUUGAUGGAAAAAUUUGGAGAAAGUUUGAAAGUGAGAUCCGUGAAAAGAAAUGAAAAUAGGAGGAGAAGUGUUAGAUGGUAGGCCCCACUAAUGGAGUUUUGGAUGUAUUCCGUUAAAUGGUGGAAAAAACCAAGUUUAUUUAUCUUUUAAGGUGUUAAAUAAAUAAAAAAUUAAGCAAGGUGUUAAAAAACAAAAACUGAAUUUUUUUAGGUGUUAAAAGACAAACAAUCCUUAUAGUUCUCUACACUUUUUUUCUAGAAUGUUAUAGGAGAAUUAUGCAUGAUAAAGUCAUCCAGUAACUAAACUUGCAAUGACAAGCUGAGGAUCUUAUAGCCACUUUGGCAUUUGCUAGUCAAGAGUUACAAAUUUGAGUGAAGGAUGAAAACAGUAGCAUUCAUCUGAUUUCAGGGGUGUUCGGUCAUUUUGUCUACUCCUACAGCAAAUUGAGAAGAGAAGUUGGAGAUGAUGUAUGGCUUUAUAGAAACGAUAGAUAGCCUAGUUUAUGAUAGUCUUUGAGGACGACCAGUUCCAAUGCUACUCAUAUUAUGCCAUAGGUUAUCUUUAACAUUGACAUACAAUGUAGUGAAACUUGUGUCUUAUCAAUGAGUUUUGAAAAACAGGCCAUUUCUACAUUUUGCCAUGUGCAAGGAACUCAAAUCUCCUGCUCACAAGGUACUGUAAUAAUAAUAAUGAACAUACAAUAUUGUGGGAGGAUUGAAUGACUGUUGGAUUGCUAGAGCAUAAAGCUUAAGGUUACAACUGAGAACUUUCGAGAGGUUCUCUUCUCUCCAAAAACUAUCCAAUACUCUAAAGAUGAUUUCUGUUUCUUCAUCCCUUUCCUUUAAUUACAAAAAUCUUAUCAUAGCACAAAAGCAAUUAAGAUAAAGUAAUACAGACAAAAGGUCUUGCACCAGACAGAGGUUCUUAAUGACUAUGGUCGUUGCAUCCACAAAGGGUAGUGGUUCCUGCUUCUACCAAGGCCGCUGUUGCCUCCACAAUCCUCUGCUGCUUCCGUUGUCUUGCAUAUGUAGGGAGAAUUUGUGGGUUUGGAGGGUGCAUUGCAUCAUGACACAUAUUGUGUUGAAUAUUUCUGGAGAAAUAUUGAGUGAUGCUAACUUAACCUGUGUUUUAUGUUUGAUUGCAAUUAAGGUCUUGGUUGGUUUGGAAUGAAGGGUCUGUUUAAAUCUGAGGAAAGAAAGAAAUAUCCAGGAGAAAGAAGUCACUACUAUGUCUAGUUUUUUUAUGAAAGAUUUGAACACUUAUUACUCUUUGUCUCGAGUUAUAUGAUAAAAUUAUAGACUGACCAGAAAAUAAAAUAAAUAAAAAAAUGAAAGAGGUCAAAUAUGAUAGCUCCGCUCAUGGGGUUACGCGGGCUAGGCUGUGACUUAUGAAUGGGGAUUUGGAGGGAGAGUGAACAUUAGGAAGCUCAUGUAAAAGAAUUAGAAUUUCUUCCUCCAACACGGAUAUCAUACAGGACAUACCGUUCUUUUUAUCUAAUCUCUCCACUUACUGGUUACAUGAGCAGUUCUAGAUCAGAAGAUGGAGACCUUGCGUUGCUUGGUUUAGUGAUCUCUGGAACUUUACUAUCAAUUAGUUGUAGCUCAGAAGCUCUAGGAUCCAAGGAAGAUUAAGUAGAGUCGACUGUUGGUGAUGAAUAACAGAUUGAUUUGAAUAAACUGGUGGUGGAUCUCCUAGCUGACUAUAAUAGCCUGGUUCUUAAGCUUCCCACUGGCUAGAGUUAACUUGAUUUGAAGUUCCUGGUUCACUUGAAUAGUUGAAUCUGCUGAAGAACUUCAGGUUUUGAUUAAUUUAAAGCUUCUGCAGGUUAAAGCUUAAUACUAAUUUCUGUAAAGUUUGCCCCUUGGUAACGAGGCAAUUUAGUUAGUUUGCUUGCAGCUGAUGGCUCAUUAUGAAGUGUGAAGGUCUUACAUGUGUUUGGAGGAAGGUCCUGUUUAUGAGAUUUGAUCAUUUUAUCUCCUAGACUCCUACUAGUGAUCAAGUUGGUAUUGAUUGAUGAUUUUGUAGAAACCCAUCAUAUGGAGUAUAUUUUUUAAGAAAACAGCUGUAUUUGAUUGAUUUUUUGCAUUGGCUGUCUUAUAUGAAGCUCAUCUAAUCUUUGCUCAGGCCCAAUUGUAACUUUGCUCAGAGAUAACAAAAAAUAGCUUUACCAACGGGGUUAGGGGAGGGGGAGGGCUGGAGGCAGAAGAAAGAAUGUCCCAAGAGAGUCAAUAUGGGUAGCAAGAGGUUAAAGGGUAGAGGAGAAUAGCUUCUUGUUGUUGAUCUGCAAAACAUGUAUAAAAAAGCUUAAGGCGAUUUGGAAUUCACUGCCCCAGCUGUUCAGAUUGCUUAAGGUAGGAAGCUGCUCUCUGUGGUGACAGUCAGACUCGCUUAUAUGUUUGCAAUCAUCUAGUCACUUAAGUAAAAGCAAUCAUGCAAAAGGUGCUUUGUUUUUGUGCUCGUACAGUACAGAGUAAAGCAGCUAGAAACUAAAAGAUUCAACUAUGAAUCAUAUAUAACCAUGUUAUUGUAUACUUAUGGAAAUUAAAUUGCAGGUGUUAAUCCGAUAUUGCCAGUUUUGUUUAGCACAUCACUUUACCAGUACCACAGUCUCAUUCCUCUGUGCCGUUCUGAGACUAUUAAGUGGUGACGAAUCACCACAAAUAUGCUGUGAAGCAUUACUGUCUACUUGUCUAGUAUCCAAUCAGAUAGAUGGAAGUUAUUACCAGAGUUUCAGUGCUGGGAGUUCUGUAAUAACUAAUAUGUAGUGCUGCAAGUAUUUCAAGAUGAGUUUUGUUCAUGAACUACCAGAAUUUGCUACUGCAUUAGCUUCUAUGUCUUCUUGUCCAUGGCUUUGAUUGUGGCACUGCAUUCCCAGUCAGGACUCAGGAUAACCAUUCAUUUCAAAAUACCUUUCUAGUGGCUGAAGUGCUGGCAGUGGGUACAAAACCAAUCUGCAGUUUUCCGUUGUGUCUUGUUGAUGCUCCUCCCCCUGAAUCACAACCUGUAGCUUGUUGGUCCCCUACUGGUUGGAGCACAACCAUUCAUUUCAAAAUACCUUUCAUGGUUAAUUGAAACCUCACUCUUGAAGAGUUUCAUUAUUAGGCAAAGAGGUUUUUCUACGUUUUUUGGGCGAAGAGGUCCCUAUACACAAUUGUGCAGCUGCUCUCUGUGGUCAAACAGUCAAAUGCAGAUUUUCGCACUCGUGAAGUCGCCUGACUACCUGAGUAUUGGCAACUGAAAGGUGCCUUCUCUGUUUUAACUUUCUUUUUUUUGUGCAUGUUCAAUUCUCUGUACUAAGUAGAACAACUGGCAAUUAAAAGAAGGUACUGUGGUGUGAA